AUGCCAUCUGUGGAUUUCUACUCCCCAUCCACCAUAAGAUUGAAUCUGUCAGCCCUCAGUGGCCCUACAAGGAAGACUUCAUACGCCAACAUGUGCACCCCAGUACAACGUGUCAACGUGCUCUCUGUCCAGCCAGGACCCAUCAUCACCGCUCUCCACACCGACGUCAAGUUCGUCCUUUGGCUCUCGUUCAAAAUCACAGGGAAGCUGGUCCGGAGUACCUUGCAGCUGGCCCAGUCACUUGUCUAG